UAACAUCUUAAACGGUAUCCUUGCAAGAAAUAAAAAUAAAAAUAAAAAUAAAAAUCGACAAGACUUCUCACUUUCCUUUUGAUUUACUCUGUAUCUUCCCUCCUCCUCCCUUCUUAAACAAUUCAUCACCAAUUUUACAGUCUUCUUUCUAAUCGCGGCAAUUUCUCUCAGGAUGAGAUAAUCCGAGUAUGGCGCUCGAUCAUGAUUCUGCUGAGGGAGAUCAUUUGGUGAAUGUAGAGAGAGAUGAAUGCUUAGAGGAUACAAUCAACAACAAUGCUUCUGAAGCAGUUUUCUCCGAGCAAGAGGGGGCGCUUCCGAUUAAGAACAUUGCUUUGCAUUCGGUUCUCACAAAGGCCAUAUUGAAAUAUUCAAGAAAGAAGAGGAAGAGGGCUAAGAAAACUCCAUCCUUACCUAAAGAUACAUCAAUCGUAAAUAAUACUUUUCAUUCAGUUCUCACAAAGCGCAAAUGUAAUGUACUACUGAAAUAUUCAAGAAAUAGGAGAAAGAAAAGUUCAUCCUUUGUAUAUCACAGGAAGAUGAUAGAGUCACAUGAUUCCUCACAACAUUGUGUGGAACCCAUGGUGGUGGCAGGUCAGACUUCAUUGGAUCAGUCAAAUGAAGUUCGCUCCUUCCAUGUCAUGGAAAAUAACGUAGAAAGAGAACAAGUUGUUGAGCAUGCUGCACCAGUGCAGGUUGCGGAAAAUGUUUUGGUUGAGAUGUCCUCUGACUGUUCACCGGUUGACUUUGCAUGUGAGGAAAGUAAGAUCACUGUGAUAAGGAACAGUGUUGACGUGGAAGCUUCUCUCAAGGAGGUGAAGAUUCCACAAGCCUGUGCACUGGAACGACCUCACAUUGGACGUGUCACUAAAAAGCUCCUUAUCCUUGAUGUUAAUGGACUUCUAGCUGAUAUUGUUUCAUAUGUUUCUGCUGGAUAUCAGGCUAACAUAGUAGUCUCUGGGAAGUCAGUUUUCAAAAGGCCCUUCUGUGAUGAUUUUCUGAGGUUUUGCUUUGAGAAAUUUGAUGUUGGUGUUUGGUCAUCAAGAACCAAGAGAAAUGUGAACCCGCUGAUUGAUUUUCUCUUUGGUGAUUCAAGGCAUAAGUUGCUUUUCUGUUGGGAUCAAUCUCACUGCACUGAUACAGGAUUCACCACAGUCGAGAAUAGGAGCAAACCCCUGUUUUUGAAGGAACUAAAAAAAAUAUGGGAAUAUCUUGAAUCUACUCUUCAAUUGAAUAAAGGAGAAUAUGAUGAAUCAAAUACAUUAUUGUUGGAUGAUUCACCAUACAAGGCUCUAUGCAAUCCAGUGCACACGGCUAUAUUUCCUCAUUCAUAUGGGUACAGGGACAUAGCAGAUUCUUCAUUAGGACCAGAAGGUGAUCUUCGGGUAUAUCUGGAGCGAUUAGCUGAGGCUGAAAACGUCCAAGAAUAUGUUGCACAGCAUCCAUUUGGUCAACGAGCUAUAACAGAAUCGGAUCCAUCCUGGGGUUUUUAUAGCAGGAUUGCAAGUGCCGACUCAUGUCAAUCCCAGAAUGUUGCCAGCACCUCUGUCACUUGUCAGCCAUGACCACGAAGAAAUGCUUCCCAUGAUGAUUUUUGACCCAGAAUAUCUCUUUUUUUGUUUGAUAACCAUAUGCAGAUGAAGCCUCAGGUUGGCUUCAGCCUUGAGACGAACAGGGACGCUUCAAUGUAUUUUCAAGAACAUAUAUGUGUGUAUUAAUCCACGCUAAGCCUGAUGGUGAUGUUUUUCCAACAAGCCAGGUCUGUGAUGAAUAAAAAGAAAGUAAAAUCCUUGCCCU